AUGUCAAGUUUAGAUGAACUAGAUGCUAAUUUUGUGCUCGAUGUACAGUAUGACAAGUCGGUAUUCCCCCAGUUGAUCAAAGAGUUAGAAGUAUGCGGAUGCUCCUAUGAGGUUAGGCCAGGUACUUCAGAAAAAAACGUUAGCUUAUUCAUAAGGGAUAACAGCGAUGUUUUACCAUUAAAGGUUGAAAAGUAUCCAAUAGUUAAGAGUGUGAUACCUUUCCGUAAUUUCGAGGAUAAUAAACGUCUAGAACGUUUGGUGGGCAACCUAAAUAAGGAAUUCUUACCAAGUAUUAAUGAAUUGGUUGAAAUUGCUGCUAUAACGAAUAAUCCAGGCAUUGCUCUAUAUUUUGCCUUUCAAAGGAGUUAUACUUUGUGGUUGAUAUCGUUAGGAUUAGUUGGUUUAGCCUUCAGGCUAUUUACAAGGCAUGGUCCCUGGGAGUUCAGCAUGUUUUACUCUAUUGCUGUUUUAGUUUGGGGUAUGGCCUUUGCGGUUGAUUGGAAGUAUCGCAGCGAGCCAUUAUAUUCGAAGAGAUUGGGUUAUAAGACGGCAAUACCUACUAAGGAUUCAAAGAGUGUUUUUGUCAAGAAAUUAUGCUUUAUUCCCAUUGCGAUUAGCUUUACUGCAUGUCUGGUAAGCUUUCAAUUCGUAUGCUUUUUCAUUGAGAUCUACUUCACGCAACUCUAUCAAGGACCAUUCUCAAGUAUCUUGUCGUUAGUGCCUGUAAUAUUGCUUUCAGCAUAUGUUCCGGUGCUUACAAGUAUUUAUAAUAUUUUUGUUAGAUGGUUGGUUAAAUGGGAAAACGGGCCAAAUCCUGAUAAGUCAAAAGCCGAGAAGAGCUUUGUUCUGCUUUUCUUGACCAGUUAUGUUCCACUGCUGAUUACCUUUUUCGUUUACUUGCCUUUGGGGCAUAAACUUAAUCCCAGAUUGGGCUCAAUUGCACACCUUUCUAAACAGUACAGGAUUUCUGUGAUUGACCAGGAUUUUAAGCUUAACACAAGUCGUUACAAGACGCAGUUUUUCUACUUUAUCGUGACCAACCAGAUAAUAGCUUUAUGCGUGGAAAACCUACUGCCUAUUGUCAUGGGGAAGAUCAUGCCUAUAAUUAGUAGGCAAAAUAGCCCAACUUCUGCAUACAACAGGGCCCAGCAGUUAAUCAACGAGAAAUAUCCUAACGACUCUGGCAUAAUUAACAAGGCGAACGCAUAUAAUAAUAGCCCAUGGGGGAAAUUUGAUGUUGAUGCCAAUGUGAGGAAGAUGGUGAUUCAAUUCGGUUAUAUAGUCAUGUUUUCCACUGUCUGGCCCAUUGCUCCAUUAAUAUGCAUUAUUCUUAAUAUUAUCAUUUCUAAGUGUGACAUGUGGAGAGCGUUGACUAAGCAUACGCCGUCUCUUAACAAAUAUGCCACUGCAGCAAUGAAGGGGUUCGAACCUAUAACAUUAUCUCCAUGGAACGUGGUUCUUGAGUUUUUGGUCUGGUUUGCCUCUCUUGUUUCUCCAGCGAUUGUCAUAAUGUAUAGGAAUUGCGAUUUACCAGGUGUGGGAUAUGGUACUAUGGCAAGUUCAAGUCAGAACUGGUUCCUCAAAUCCCCAAUUCGUUACGAAUGGAAGUUGAUAUUUAUCUAUGUUAUGAUUGCUGAGCAUCUUGGCUUAUUCUUGCGUUACGCAUUUAGCAUGAUUGCGUCUGCACCGGAUUCAGCUGAUCUCAUAAAUGUUCGCUCAGAAAAGCUAGGCGUAUUGAAAGAACAGGAACCAAUUAAUCGCGGCUCUAUUGACGAGAAAUAUAAUAAUCGGGUUAUCCACGAAACCGAAGAGAUAGUUGGCACACUGAGUGCUAAACCAAAGUCUACACUCCACGCUAAACAUAACACAGGGGCAACAUCUGCUAUUGGGGCCGAGGAUACGAAAACCUUGCAUAUAUCUGGAGCGAAUAAUACUAAUGGCUCUUCUACAGGAACUAUGACGCGCGCUUUUGGUGAAGAUAAUGUCUCUGGAAACGUUCAUCCCGUACCAGCACCAAUACCUGUAAUGAAACAAGCUCCAAAAACUGCCCUCCCACCAAUACAUACUGCAUCAGAAAUGCAUAACACUGGUCCAACGGUUGCUGCAAUUGCACAUAAGAAUACUGACAGAAUUAAUAGUACGAAAGAAACUGCAAUGCCGCAUACCAUACCCUCACCAACCAACGAUGAACCCGCAUAUACGGGUGGAACAAUUACUGAAAGUAACACACCAGUUUUAAUGAGCCAAUCUGAUGCUGGUGCUACAUUACCUGAAUAUAUUCCGACUUCCAAGAAUUAUAAUGAGAGACAAGGUCAUAUGAAGAACAACUCAAGUGGUACGGAUUCUACUACACAAUAUAGCGCUGAUGUCAAUCUCAUAAGUCCAGGCGAGGAUGCACGAGAAAUAACUGACAAUACUAACUAUGCGCCAAAUCUUUCUCCUGAGGAUACUUACGUUGUACUAGAAGAUCAGAAUACGCCCUCAGUGGCUGGAAAUAAAACGCGACCAGAUGUUCUCCAAAUUAAAACUCUACCACAUAAUGAGGCUCAAUUCCAACGUAUAAGACCCGAAAAUGAGAUCCCAGAGACUCCAAUAAAAGUUAAAAGACUUGUAGUAGAGCCUCCAAGCGAGCCACCUACUAGUGUUACCCAGGGUCUAUCAUAUUCGCAAGAGUCAGUUGAUGAGGUCUUAAGCCCCCAUGAAGAGGCCCAGAUACCAUACGCAGUACCAGUCGUUUUGCCUAAAGAUAAAGAAAUUAGAAAAACUAGCUCGACAGAGCUAACAAGAACAAAUACAAAGAAGUCCAGCUCUAUCAAAAAUAUAACAAAAUUCAUUAGCACACCUAUGAAAAAGGAUUCUGAACAUUCAUCUUCGAAAUCUAAACAUAGCCUAAAAUCUCCACUAAGCAAGCUAAAAAAGAAGUUUUGA